AUGACUCUGAAAUCCCUGCCGAAGAAGAUGAUGUUGAAACCCCUGCCAAAAAAGACCAGCGGGGAGUUAUCUGGCAUCCUCCUAGACAAGAAUAAGUGCAAAGCAGCAAAGAACCUGACCAGGGACCAACUAGAAGCUUUCCACCAGGCCUACAGUUUCUUCAGUAAGGACGCAGAUGGCAGUAUUGACCUACAAGGCUUGGAGACGACUGCAAAGAAGCUGGGGAUUAGUUUAACCGAACAAGAGGCCUACGACGAGCUGUCAUAUGCUGAUGUGGACGGAGAUGGGAAAGUGAACUUCUCUGAUUUUCUGACCAUUGUCAGCGACAACAAGCGCUUCAUCCAGGCUGUAGCCCCCGAGAAAGGCAGCCUGGAGGACUUUGAUUCCAUCGACGCCACGGGAAUCCUGCUCUUUGAGGUCCUGUCAAAGCUGGUGGAAAUGUCAGCUCUGCCCAGGAAGGCCAUGCUUGAAAUAGUCAGUUACUACCGGCAGAAGUUCCUGGCGUCCACUGGCAGGAGGGCCUGGAUAGAUGCUGGCAGCUUAAUGGACCAUGGGAAGGGGCUCCACACGCUCCGAAAAGCCCCAACUCCUCAGAGAGGCAGAGUCACUCCUAUGUCUGCUUUUGCAGGUGCUGCCCGUAUCUCAGUGAUGAAUGACAAAGAGCUGGAAGCCUACGUGGAAACCCUCAGGGCAAGCAGUGUCCCCUCCGACAGUCCUUAUGCUCAGGUACCCAUCUUCCCAUUGCUUCCCAACCGGGAUGGAAUGACAAUACCGAAGCCAAAAAAAGACUUGCAGAAGCUGGAGAUGCAGAGAAGGAAAGAGCCUAUAUCGUCGUUUGAAAACCAUUUUUUCCAUAAAAGAAACUGGCUGCGCAAGGCAACUGCGUUCAAACCUCCUGAUUACUUCAGAGACCGGAAAACCUCCCUUAGUCUCGGCCCUCACUUGAUGGAGAGGCGACACCGUUUGACUAUAGAAGACCUGCGUGAGAUACGACUAGAUGUGAAAAGGGUAACUGAAAUGUACAAGGAGGGGAUGGCACUCAAGGAGAGGAAUAGGAUGCUGAGACUGUGGCGGAGGUUGCACGGUGGACAGAUUGGGCUGGAGUCAGGGAACCACAGCUUCUACCACACUUUCUCCACCUACUCCUGGUCAUGGAACGCUCGCCAAGAGCUGGUGACACCCAACGAACUUCAGCAGUACGAUAACAAACUGUACCGCAGAGAACAUACCUCAGCCCGCUCCGAUGACAGCGAAGUCAAGGGUGGGAUAAGGAAAGGAAAAGAAAGGAAAUGAGAAGAAAGAGCCAUACUGCUCCAUUUUCUUAACAUCACUGUUGACUACUGUCCUCCUUCACAUCCCAUGAUUUUUCCCUAUAACAAUCUCAGGCUCUUACACAGGUCACACUGUCUGAGGGUAGGAAAGAACUGUUUCCCCUUUG